ACCAAAUCCAAUCCUUACCCACCAAUCUACCUCCAAUUUCGAGCAAACCCUUUUCCUCUCUCUUGGCGAACUUUCAUGAUCUCUCUGAUCUUGUGGGUUCUUCUCCCAGCAGCUUUUGCUCUCUUGUUUCGCAACUUCCGUUCACUGUUUCUCAAGAGAAAGACCACACUAGAAAAUAACAACAACUCGGCAACAAUAAUGUUGACUGCUGCUUCCCCGCCGUCGCCGUCCUUCUCCGUUGUUACACCGGGGAGGAUGAGUGGUAGUACUGCUACUACGGUGGUGGUGCCGCCGGUGGCGGAGAAGAAGGCGGCGGUGAAAGUGAAGGCGGUGGUGACGGUGAAGGAGACGACGGGUGGGUUUCUUGGGAUUGGGAUGGACGAUAUUUCGGACUUCAUUGGGAAAGCACUCAAGUUGCACCUCGUCAGCGCGCAACUUCAUCUUGAGACGGGAUUGGAGAAGCCGCUUAUCAAAACGCGUACUAAGAAAGUGAGCGAGAAGAAUGGAGAAGUCAAGUACGCGACGGAGCUUGAAGUCCCUGCCGAUUUCGGGGAAGUUGGUGCCGUGAUUGUGGAGAACGAGCACUAUAACGAGCUGUUUCUCAUCGACAUCGUGCUCGACGGCCUCGAAAAUGGUCCGGUCAAAGUAAUAUGUGACUCUUGGGUUCAUCCCAGGUCUAAGGACUCCAAGAACAGGGUUUUCUUCACUGCCAAGGAACAGUCGUACUUGCCGUCGGAGACGCCGAACGGCCUCACCAGGUACCGCGCUGAAGAGCUGAGCCUCCUGCGAGGAAAUGGCGAAGGAGAGCGCCAGCAAGGCGAUCGGAUCUACGACUACGAUGUCUACAACGACCUCGGAAAGCCCGACAGCAAUCCGGAUCUCGCCCGACCCGUUCUCGGCGGCAAAGAACACCCCUAUCCUCGCCGGGUUCGCACCGGCCGUCCCCGAACGGAAACCGAUCCGUUGUCGGAGACGGGGAGCUCCAAUUUCUACGUGCCGCGAGACGAGGAGUUCUCGCAGUUGAAGCAGUCGGGAUUCUCGGCCACGACGACGGCAGCGGUGCUACGCGCGGUGGUUCCGGCGGCGGAGACAAUAUUCAUCGAUCGGAAUUUAGGGUUUCCUCACUUGACCGCCGUUGAUUCGAUGUACGAUCAAGGUAUCAACCUGCCUCCUCGCACGGCGGAUUCGCCCUGGACAGACAUCAUCCCCAGGCUAGUUAGGACCGUCGUUGAUAGCGCCGAUGACAUUCUGCAGUUCGUGGUCCCCGAUUCGAUGAAGAGGGACAGAUUUUUCUGGUUGAAAGAUGAGCAGUUUGGCAGGCAGACUCUUGCUGGUGUCAAUCCUUGCUCCAUAGAACUGGUCAAGGAAUGGCCAUUGAAGAGUAAGCUUGACCCAGAGAUUUAUGGUCCAGCAGAAUCUGCAAUUACAACCAAGAUUGUUGAGCAGCAAAUUAGAGGCUUCAUGACCCUUGCUGAGGCUAUGGACCGAAAGAAGCUAUUCAUGUUGGAUUACCAUGACCUACUGCUACCCUUUGUGGGACUGGUGAGGCAGCAGGAAGGAACUACACUGUAUGGAUCACGAGCAUUGUUCUUCCUCACUCCGGUAGGCACAUUGAAGCCGGUGGCGAUCGAGCUGGUCAGGCCCCCGUCCAAGGAAGAUGGGAAGCCGCAAUGGAAGCGAGUCUUUACACCAGCCAAUUGCUCUGCCACUGAGGAAUGGCUAUGGAAGCUGGCGAAAGCUCACGUCCUGGCUCAUGAUUCGGGCUACCAUGAGCUAGUUAGCCACUUUCUGAGAACGCAUGCUUGCUUAGAGCCGUACAUCAUUGCGACGAAUCGCCAGCUGAGUGCUAUGCACCCUAUUCACAGGCUAUUGCAUCCUCACUUCCGUUACACCAUGGAGAUCAACUCUUUGGCUCGCCAAGCUCUGAUCAGUGCUGGUGGCAUCAUUGAAUUGGCCUUCUCUCCUCUCAAAUACGCGAUGCAGCUCGGUUCUGCAGUUUAUGACCAGAGAUGGCGGUUCGACUACGAGGCUCUUCCCAAGGACUUAAUCAGGCGGGGAAUGGCCGUGGAAGACCCAUCGGCACCACACGGCCUGAAGCUUACAAUCGAGGACUAUCCAUAUGCCAGCGACGGCCUAAUCCUAUGGGACGGCUUACACCAAUGGGUCUCGGACUACGUCAACCACUACUACCCUGAUCCAUCCCUCGUCUCCUCCGACGUCGAGCUCCAAUCCUGGUGGACAGAAAUCCGCACAGUCGGCCAUGGUGACAAGAAAGACGAGCCAUGGUGGCCAUCUCUCGCCACCCCAUCCGACUUAAUCGAGAUCGUCACAACCAUAGCAUGGACUGCAUCAGCGCAACACGCAGCAGUCAACUUCGGCCAGUACGCCUACGGUGGCUACUUCCCCAACAGGCCUUCCAUCGCCAGAACCAACAUGCCGACGGAGGAUCCCACCGACGAGGCAUGGAAGCAGUUCAUCGAUACCCCCGAGAAGGUGCUCCUCGAGAUGUUCCCGUCCCAGUUCCAGGCCGCGGUGGUGAUGGCCAUCCUGGACGUCCUGUCGAACCAUUCUGUCGACGAGGAGUACAUCGGGCAGGUGAUGGAGCCCGCUUGGGGCCACGAUGCGGUGAUCAGGGCCGCGUUCGAGAGGUUCCACGGCAGGAUGAAGGCGCUGGAAGUGGUGAUUGAUGCGAGGAAUGCGAAUGAGAAGUUGAGGAACAGGAAUGGUGCUGGUGUUUUGCCGUAUGAGCUGCUGAAGCCGUUUUCCGAGCCUGGUGUUACUGGUAAAGGUGUCCCUUACAGUACUUCCAUCUGAUCAUCUCCAUAACUCUCCCAGAUUCUGCCUAUAGCUUCCAGAGUUGCACUGUGUAUACAUAAUAAGGCUCAGAGGCCGAUUGCAUUUGACUUGUGUUGUUAAUUUUGUUCAUCUCAAUUCGUUUUUAAUUACUGCAAUGUAAACAGUUUGUCCAAUGUAACUAUGUUACUGUUAUUCAGUUAAUGAAGAUUCCCAGUUUUCCUCCCAGUUUUUCGUAUUAAGUUCUAAAUUCUAACCACCACUGUAAAUGCCUAGUAGUCAG